AUGGAAGAACCAUCUUAAUAUGUUAACUAAUAUUGUAAGGGAUUAAUGUAUUUAAUGCAAAUUUUUUCAAAACCAUUCCAUCGAUAUUAAGAAAUAUUAGAUUAUUUAGUAUAAGAAAUGAUAUUGGAAAGAAAGUUCUAUAGAAGUAAAGAUUAUCUAGUUUGUGAAUUCUUUGUCUUUCACUUAAUAAAAAUUUAAUCUUAAGUCCCUGAAAAAGAAUUAUUAUUGCUAUGUCAAGAAUAAAUUACACAAAUGGGGAUGAUAGAAAAAGAUGAAAAUGCUAGAGCCUUUCUAAAAAAUAAAGAGAUAAUAGAAAGAUAAUAGAAAUGUAAAAAUUACUGUUUUCUCAUGAUCUUAUUCUCUUCAAAUACUAAAGAAGAGAUGAAUUAAAAGACGGAUGAGAUUGAAUAAGCAAUAAGCUUUGAAGGUAGCCUAUUGAACAAAGAUAUCUAUUUUGUAUACAACCCAUUAAAAACAUAAGAAAUUAAUAUUGUUACAGGAUAAAUUUAAAAGAAUUAUUAAAAUUGAUUAAUUUCUUAGUUGUUUGUUG